GCCAGCUGCGCGCGCACGUGGCCGCCGUGGCUCUCGCUUGGCACUCGUGUUCGGCCCAGUAUCGAUUUUUGGCCAGUGUUCACUUGGAUGCUGUUCGGGCCGCCAGUGGAAUAUGGUUCUGAGUGUUUAACCCAUUCCUUGUACCGUUUCAAGUUGUGUUGAGUGAGACAGAAGCCCGGAAGCAUGACGAAGGACAGACUUGCGGCGCUCAAGGCGGCGCAGAGCGAUGAGGAUGACAUGGGAACAGAUGACGUUGCCGUCAAUGUCGACGGUAAUGUGGGCUACAUGGACGAAUUCUUUAAUGAGGUGGAGGAGAUACGGGAGAUGAUAGAGAAAAUACAGAACAAUGUAGAAGAAGUGAAGAAGAAACACAGCGAAAUCCUCUCGGCGCCGCAGCCGGAUGAGAAGGUGAAGCAGGAGUUAGAUGAUAUGAUGACUGAUAUCAAGAAGACAGCGAACAGAGUCAGAGCCAAGCUUAAAGUGAUUGAGCAAAACAUUGAAUCAGAAGAACACAUUAGUAAGGCGAGUGCAGAUCUAAGGAUAAAGAAAACCCAACAUUCAACACUGAGUCGUAAAUUUGUAGAGGUGAUGACAGAAUAUAACCGGACACAGACGGACUACCGUGAACGAUGCAAGGGCAGGAUACAAAGGCAGCUGGAAAUCACUGGCCGUAACACAACUAGCGAGGAGUUGGAAGACAUGUUAGAGCAAGGGAAUCCAGCUGUCUUCACACAAGGGCAGCAAUAUUGGAAGAAACAGCAGGCAAUACCAACCCUAGAGAUAUUGAAGCUAGUCUUGGGAGGACAUUUAAUAUUUGGUUAUCACAUCUGUGAAUAUGCUUGUCUUGUUAUUGGGAAACUUCGGCCUUGGUUAGUAGAGAGUAAGGUCGAGGCUCAUAAACUGGGCCUAUUUGCUGUAACGAACGGUACAAAAUGUAAGUGUGUGAUGUGUAAGUCCAUUGAGAGCCAUUUCUUUGUAAAACUGAAUACCCUAGAUGUUAAGCAACCUAACUACAUAAAUGAUUCAUGUCUGAGUGAUAUAAAUUCAAGAACACAGAUAUGUAGAGCCUUUCCUGUUGGUCUCCAGUUCCUGUCAUCUGGGGAGAUGAUAGAUCGCAUUGAGUACCAUGUUGAGCAUGCAGUGGAUUAUGUCCAGACUGCCACGCAAGACACAAAGAAGGCAGUCAAAUAUCGGGGUAAAGCGCGGAGGGGGGAGAUGAUUGAUAGGAUUGAAUAUCACGUAGAUCAGUCCGUCGAAUAUGUCGGCAAAGCUAUGGAGGACACUAAAAAGGCACUUAAGUAUCAAAGCAAAGCACGUAAGAAAAAGCUGCUAUGCAUAUUCAUAGGCAUUGCCAUCUUGGUUCUCUUGACUGUUAUUUUGGCUGUCUACAUUUCAACUCAGUCCGAUUCCGCGCCCUCAGAAGAAACCAGUCACCACCACCACACCCACCACCCGACUGCCCCCAUAGAGGAAUAAGCUCCAUUUAGGCUCCUUUGUUAUCUUUCCUUUGUUUUAUUUAUUUUUUGUUAAGACUGUAGAUUUUUUUAGUGUAUGGUUUUUGUAAGUUUUAGAGGUUUUGUUUUAUUUUGUCAGAUGGUGCCUGUGCAAGCAUGUGCACAUAUACAUACAUGUACAUACACACAUGUGCAUACCCAUUAUGCAUGUACAUAACCACACACACAAACAAACAAACAGACACGUUGUUCUUUAUUUAUUUAUUUUUUUUUUAUUGAUUUCAUACUGUGUUCUCUUUAAUGUAUAAAGAUGUGUAUAUAUGUAAAUGUAAAGUAUUGCUUAAGGGAGAAUGUAUACCUUAGUUAUUCCUUUCUUAUUUUUUUACUAUCACAAAAUGUGGUACAAAGGUAACACAAUUAUGCAUAUGAUAGAAUUUUUGGUUCAUACCUUUGUCUUUUUGUAGUGCAAUGCUUAGAGUUGUUUUCUGGUCAAUUUAUUUAUUCUCUGUAGAUGUAUUUAUCAUGUAUGUGUAUACAUUUGUACAGAUAUACAAUUACACACACACACACACACACACACACACAGAUAUAUAUAUAUAUAUAUAU